UUGAUCUUUUCAUAUUCUUGUUAAGGUGCAUCAUGAUUAUCUACCGUGCACCCCAGGGGGCGCUCAGGCGCGUAUUCGACGCCGAGGAAUCGGAGGGAAAUGGAUGUACACCCACACAGUUAGGAGGGAGAUGGAUGAGGGAGGGGAGAUCGUAGAGACCAGGACGAGUAUAACGCGGCAAAUCUAUGAUCAGCUGCUUUCUCAGGUGGAUAGGAGUUGUAACGUAACGAUAGAAAAGACACGACGAUGUUUCGUCUACAAUGAUCAAAUCUAUCAGCUUGAUAUAUUUCAGGCUCCGCAUCCUGGGUUAAUGCUACUUGAGACCUAUUCUCCUCUUCCUCCUGAGGAAUUGAUCCUACCACCGUUCCUGGACAUCGCUGAGAACGUGUCUGGGAACCCUAAAUAUUCCAUGUACAAUCUCUCAAAGCGUUUCACCGAAUAGUAUUUACCACCACUGCUGAAGAAUUAAAGGCUAAAUACAAGGAUACUCGAAUGAAAAUACGUGUUCACAAAAAAAAUACUUGAUUAGUUUUGUUUAAUUUCGGACCCAAAUAAUUCUAAGUAAAUGUUUUUAAAUCUGUACUGAGCUGAAAACUUUAGAAUAAGAUAUCGCUUAUCUCGAUUAUUAAUCUGAGUAUCAAAUGGACACACUUUUUAUUUUCUUCUGAAACCGUUCAUUCUUGGAUAUAUUAGAGAAAAAUCAAAAACGGUUUUUAAAAUUAGGGAGUUCCUCCCGAUUCUGCAUAUUAAUCUCAAAUGGCGGGCAAAGUUUAAAUUUAUCGGCUUCAUAUAUGCGACUCUGAUUGGUUGAAUUUUAUACACUUCAGGAUACAAAGUACAAG